ACCUACCCCACAUUCACACUCACACGCCAGCCUCCGCACUCCUCCAUCACUCAGACGCUGGCCUCCACGUUUCUCUCGAGAGCCAAGGACCUGAACUGAACUAUGAGAAUUUGCAAGGCACAGCGGCGGCGAAGCUUUACUAUACCAAAUGAACUCGUUGAGGAAAUUCUUUCAAGACUACCAGUGAAGUCUCUAAUGCGAUUCAAGUGCGUAUCCAAAGCAUGGCACACUUUGAUCAGUAGUCACCGAUUUGCUAAAUCCCACUCUCAGAGAGCAUCUCAAAACCCCAACCGCAUGAACGUCCUUGUUUUGACUGACAAUUGUGUUCUAUCAGCAGGUUGUGAAGCACUGUUUCAAAGCCGUGCUAUUCAUGGUCAACCUGUUGAUGUUGAUUUUCCUGGUUUUCCAUUGUGGGGUGAAAAACAUGUUGAGACAAACUUGGCUUCUUGCAAUAGCUUGGUAUGUAUUGAAUUACAUAAUGUGGACAAAUGGACAGCCCAAUAUUUGGUUUGGAACCCAUCUACCAAAAGUUACAAAAACAUACCAAGUCCAACAUCAACACCUGAUUCAUAUUGGUUUGGCAGUUUUGGCUUUGGCUAUGAUUAUUCCACUGAUGAUUACAAGAUAUUAAGGCCCUACUACGAUAUCGAUAUUCAUAUGUCCGAUAUCGAUAUUCAUAUGUCCAAGAUCGAGAUCUUUUCACUCAAGACCUUUACUUGGAAGACAAUUCUGGUGGAUAUGGACAAUAAUUUUUUUAUCGGCAGCAGCAUUCAAAAUAUCAAAAAGACUAUAUACUGCAAUGGGGCAAUUUAUUUGAGUUAUAAAUGUUUUCGGAAGCCGCCAAUCAUUUAUUUUGAUUUAGCGGAUGAGAUAUUUCAUAAGCUGUCAUGGCCAGAAUCUGUUUCUUAUUACGAUACAUCAAAGACAUGGGAGUUAGGGACUUUUGGAGAACACCUGUGUCUAUCUGUGUGCACAGGUGAAUCACGCAAUGCUUUAUGUAUUCAGCUAUGGGUGAUGAAGGAGUCUUGGACUAGAUUGGCAACCAUUCCAUAUAGGGGCACUUGUCCGAGGCCUAUAUGCGUGUCAAAGAAUGGUGAAAAAAUUUUAUUGCGGGAGAAGCAAGUUGGAAAGAAUUCAGAAUAUAUUUUCAAAUUGAUAGUCAUCAAUUUGAAAAAAAAGGCCUAUAGAAAAACACGAUAUGAUUCCAAGACAAUAAUGGAGGCAACUACAUAUGUGGAAAGCCUUUAUUCACUUGACUGCAAUGAUGGGCUUAAUCAGCACUUUCAAGAAGAGGGCUCCAAAGGUCAUAAAGGAAAUCAGGAAGUUUGCCCAAAAGGAUAUGGGGACAACUAUUUUCAAGGCGGAUGUUAAGCUUAACAAGCAUGUCUGGAGUCGUGGGAUUCAGAGUGGGCCAAGGAGAGUUUAUGUCUAUAUUGCGCAUAAUAGAAAUGAUGAAGAAGAUGCUAGGAGGAGUUUUUCUCACUAGUCACUGUUGCAGAGAUCCCUUCAGAGGGCUUAAAGUGAUUAGGUACCAAGGUCAUUGAGGAAGAAGAUUGAACUAGCCUACUUCCCUAGGUCAUAGUUAGGAUGCUCCAAUGUUGGCCACAUAUUUCUUGUUUCCAAGAUAUUUUUGUUUGGCUUUGGAUUUUCUCUGGAAUUUUAUUUGAUCUACUUGCCUGUUUAAAGUUA